UGGAGUGGGGUGGAAUGGAGUGAACUUGAAGUGGAGCGGAGUGGAGUGGAGCGGAGUGGGGUGGAGUGGAGCAUAACGGAGUAGAGAGGAAUGGAGUGUAGAAGAGCGGAGAGGAGAGGAGCGGAAAGGAGAGGAGAGGAAUGGAGCGGAGAUGAGAGGAAUGAAGCGAAGAGCAGUGGAGUGGAAGGAAAUGGAGUGGAGUGGAGAGCAACGGAAUGGAGCAGAGCGGAGUGGAGCAGCGUGGAGUGGAGUAAAGUGGAGGCGAGUGGAGUGCAGUGGAGUGGAUUGGAGUACAAUGGAGAGGAGGAGACCGGAGAGGAUAAAAAUGGAGUAGAGCAGAGCAGAUUAGAGCGAUGUGGAGUUGAGUAGAGGGGAGGAGAGUGGAGGAGAGUGGAGGAGAGUGGAGUGGAGAAGAGUGAGAGUAGAGAAGACUAGAGUAAUGAACAACAAAAUGAAGU